AGUAUGUACGAGAAAUUGAUUAUCGAAGCAAGGCUAUUUUCAUCUGAUGUAGUUUUAUUGCAUGGUGAUAUGCGAGAUUGAGGAAAGUAUUUAUUAGUAUUUAUCGAAAGAUAUUUUUGUGGAAUAGAAGUGUGAGUUAUGCUUCCAACUCAAAAGAACGGAGACGCAUUGGUUUCGCGAUCAUCAUCUUAUAUGGGCAAUGCUCCUCAAACAUUUCUUGUACGAGCAUUGUACUCGUACUCUUACGAAUUUCAACCUGGACAAUAUAUUUCUUUUGAAGCUGGAGACUGUUUUGUUCUAGUUGAAAAAUCCAAUGACGAUUGGUGGCAUGUAAAGAAAGGUGAACAAGAUAUAUAUGUUCCUGCCAACUAUAUGACGGAGUCACAAAUUGAGUUUGGUGAUCACAACUCUGCGAACAAACUUCAUAAUCACAGUUUGCCAUCGCCUUCGUCAGAUUAUUCGUUUCAUGACAAUUGCAAAGAAAUUUCGAAUAACAACAACGAAAAUAAUACGUCGUUUAGUGGUGGUCAUUCAAGAAAGAUAGUUAAUGUAAACGAUCAACCUGAGAGGAUAUACGCUAACGUGUCUUUAAAUGUGCCAGAGUCAAGAAGGAUCCGCCAUCUUUCAGCUGGUGCAGCAGAUGAUCAAAAGCAAGCACUUGAAUCAUCAAGACCUCAAUCCGUUGCAUUGCCAUCUGGUUGGUCAUCAGAAAUUGACAAUAAAUCGGGAAGAACAUAUUACAUUAAUAACAAAACCAAUAAAACAUUUUGGCAACAUCCAAGUGAUGGUACAAGUGUAGAACUACCAAAUAAUGCAACACAAAAUUCAAACAGCUUACCUAGAGGCUGGAGGAUGGAAAGACAAACAUCAAAUGACUACAAUAUUUUUUAUGUCAACGAGUCUAAUAAUGAAAAGUGGCAGGCAUCCAAAGAUGUCCAAGGCCGAACGUAUUAUUAUAACACAAAGGGUGAUACGGUUUGGGAACUACCGUCUAAUGAACAAGUUUCAACCUUUUUCAAGAGCUCUGAAAAUAGUAAAUUUGAUCAAAGAGAUCGGAUGCGCUCCGAUGGAUCUACAAUUGACAUCAGUCAGUUACGAGAUAAAUCACCUAAUGCACAUCAUCGUCAUUCGAGAUCCACAUCCUUGGUUGGGGGUUUAAAAAAUGUCAAUGAUUCUUCUGUAGACAUGAGUAGCUUCACUCGGGGUCAUAAACGUACGUCGUCGGAUCAAACAAGAAGUUCGUUGAUUCUUUCAGACGACUUUCAUCCAUCAACAAUAAUUACGACCUUGGAUUAUUCCAUCAAAAAAGAAGGAAAUGUUUACCGUAAGAAGCUCUGCGAGGUCGGUGGAAGAAAAGUAAAUAAAAACUGGAAACCUUGCUAUGUGAAGCUCUCCUCAACCAAUAUAACCUUAUAUAAAAAUGAGAAUGUAGCUCAAUCGAAACAAGGUCUAGCAAAAGGUAUGCCUGACAGUGGUUGUGAUCUUAGAGGUGCUGUUGUACAGAGAGUACCAGAUGAAGGCAAAAGGAAAAACAUUUUUCAGAUUACUACAGCGACGAAAUUGUGUUUUCUUCUGCAAGUUGAUGAUAUCAAGGAAUUUAAUGCGUGGUAUUCCUUGAUUUCUGACGUUGUUAAAUUUCUGGAGGAAAGUGAACCAGUUGAGAAAGGUUUACAAGCAAGACUGUAUGGUGAUGUCACCCCUGCAACACAUCGAAACUCUUUACCAGCUACUGGUGGCAUUACAAGGAGAGGAUCGAAGAAAAGUCUAAAAUUGCGUGGUGAAAGCGACAAGAAGAUUCGUGAUAAACUAAAGAAACUCAUGACAAAAAGACCAACUUUUGAAGAGCUUCAAAAGAAAGGAAUUCUUAAAGACGUUACAUUCGGCUGUCAUAUUUCAAAACUGUGCGCUUUGGAACAAAGUAAAAUUCCUAAAGUGGUUAUUGGCUGUAUCCAAGCAAUUGAAAAUAAAGGUCUCGACUUCGAUGGUAUGUACAGAAUAUCUGGUAACGCGUCACUCAUUCAAAAACUCAGAUUGACUGUUGAUCAAGAGGAGGAUGUAGUAUUUGGUCAGCCGCCUUACGACGAUAUUCAUGUAUUGACUGGAACAUUAAAACUUUACUUUCGUGAAUUACCAGAACCUCUCAUUCCCUUCAACGUUUACGAUAAUUUCAUCAACGCAAUCAGAUUACGUACAAAACAACAGAAAAGCGAUGCCCUUCGUGCUCAAGUUGAAUACCUUCCGUCUCCAAACAAUGAAACAUUGAGAUAUUUAAUGAAGCAUUUAAAAAGAGUAAUGGAAAAUAACAGUAAAAAUCGAAUGCAUGCUCACAACAUUGCCAUCGUCUUUGGUCCGACUUUGCUCUCCCCAAAAGAGGAACAAUUUGCUAAUAUCGCCGUAAACACUGUCUAUCAAAACCAGGUUGUCGAGUUUUUGUUGUUAGAAUAUGACCAAGUCUUGGGGAGCGAUUAUUAAAUUAUGUAUCUGUAAUCAUCGUCUGAUUGACUACAUACUUGUAAAUAAUUUACUUGUGAGAGCACUGCGUAGUUAAAACAUAUUUAUAUAAAUUCAUACCUCAGUGCAAGCCCUACGUAUACAAACCUGAAACCAUAACCUCAUUUGCACUUAGAUAAUAGUCGUACGUUUUCUGAAUUGUGUGGUUUCUGAAUGUUUAAUGUCAGUGAUAGCCGAAAUUUUUUGUAAUUGAAUUAAACACGUAAUUCUCUAUUUA